AUGAAAUCAGUACCAAAGAUGAAAUCACAAAUACAAAAAAUCUACUAUAAUGAUGAAAAAAAAUCAUUCACCAGUGAUGCAAACACCAGCACGAAAACUCAACUAUCAGCAACACUGUCACCAAACAACAAUAAAAUAGAAAUACUGUGUGAUAAUGAAAAUAACCCUGCAACUUGA